AUGUCAUCAAAUGAUAAUAACUCUAAAGAUGACAUUAGAUUACAAUUGUCAGAUAUGCAGAGACGAUUGUUUACCAAGAAAUCGUCUCACAACACGCUAAGAGAAUCUACCAGUUCGAAUCUGCAGCAACUGCAGCAAGGCACACACCCAUUGAGCCAGCAUCAUGAUCAAGAAAAUGCCUUUGCUUCAUCCUUACAUCAAGAAAGGCGAACUUCAAGCGGUUUGGGCUUGCCAGCUGUCAAAAGAUCAAAAAAGAUUGAGAAACUGCAUCCAUCUUUACCUUUGGCAGCAGAGUCAAAAGGUAAUGAUAUGAAUUUUGUGGUUGGAUUGAGUGACAACUUGAUGAUAGAAUGUCGAAGGUUGAAUGCAGACAAUAGUAAGUUGAAACUGAAAUUGAAGCAGGCGUUGCAAGAUGCCCAAACUUUGAAAGCAGAAACUAUCAAAUUAAGCAACUCAAAUCAGACUUACAGCUCCAACGAAAGUGAGUUGAAGGAUAAAAAUUGGCUGUUGGAGAGCAAGGUUAGUAGUUUGCAGGAUGACUUGCAAGCACUUGAGAAAAGCAAUGACAAACUAAAGGCUCUUCAAGAGGACAUGAACAAUCAGUUGAAUCAUAUAACGAAAAAUAAUGAUGAACUAGAUAUUACAAAUUCGUUGUUACUGAAGAAACUAAAGGAUAUGCAUACCAGAUAUGAAAAGGACAUCAUGGAAUUAAGUCAACGUGUAGAAAGCCUCAAUGAUGAAAAUGAUGUGUUACAGUCUAAACUUGCUACUAUUCAACCUGCUGCAGCAGCUAAAGAUGUCACUAGUAGCCCUGAUACCUCAAAACAGCUGGCUAUUCCUAUGGGCACUUAUUCCAAUGUUUAUGUUUCUGGACUUGAAUCAAUCUUGAAGGAACUAGAGCAAGUUGAAGGCGAGUCUUUGAGUUCGAAGAGUUCAAAUUUAAGCAAUGCGAUAUCAAGAUUGAAAACUUUGGUUGGUAAAGUGCCUUCCCAGGAUGUAAAUAGUCAAUCUACCAAGCAAGAGCAAGAGCAAGAUACCCCAUUAAUCAAAGAAGUGCCUUCUUCUGGUGGGGGGAAUCGUACUGAGAAGAAAAUUGGCAAAUUAUCUAAACUCUCCACUGGUGAGGGAACUGAUAGGAAUGACUUCCUAGAAAAAAACAUCGAGAGCACAUCAAUACAGGAUUUUCCAAGUACUACCGGUAAACACAUUGAACACGUUAAAGAUACCAAAUCGGUAGCUGACAUUUUCAGUCAAUUUGAGAAUUUGCCCAAGAAUAGUGAGCACGAUGCGAAAUUAGCUGCACUAAUUGAGAAUAGAGGUAUGAAGGUGUUAACAACUACCGAAUACCAAAAGCUAGUCGAUAAGGUAGAGAGCAUUAAGUCACUACCUGAGGGUGUCACUAGUAUACCGGAGGCAAAAUUGAAAGAACUUGAGCAAAAGGCACAACUAUGUGAUCAGCCAGAUAUCAAAUACAUUACUAACCGUGCCCAAUCGCUCGGGCUCGUUGCUAUAGAUAGCCACACCUAUAAAGAAUUAAAUGAACUUGCAAAUAACCCCAACAUAGAGCACAUACUGCAAAAGGCAAAGCAACACAACAAAUAUUUAAUUUCAAAUGAAGAAUUGCAGCAUUUUCUUCAUCCUAAAGAGGAUCAAAUAAGAGAAAAAGCGAAAAAUUUGAACUUGAAGGUUUUGACUGAAUCCGAAAUUACAUCGUUGCAGAAUCCUUCGUUGGCAAGCGUUAAUGAUCUAGCAUCCAAGCAUGACCACGUUCUUAUGCCUUCCGUUGAACACAACAAGACACGUAAAAUGAUUGAUAGCCCGACAUUGGACUAUUUGAAAAAGCACCUAACUGCACAUGAGCAUACGCCAAUGGGUAACAAAGAACUUCAAGACUUGCUUCAAAGAGCCAAAAACCCAAGUAUUACAGAAGUACAGCAACACGCUGAGAAAAAGGGAUUAACAACAUUGACAAAGGAGGAACAUGAAGAGUUGUCGUCGCUUGCCCACAAACCUAGUCUUGAGCACCUAGAACAAGCUGCCGACAAGAAGGGUUAUGCUCUUGUUGAAAAGCAGAAUUUGGAAAAAUUACAAACCAUGGCGUCCAGUCCACCUGUUUCUCAUUUAAAUGAGGUUGCAUCAAAAAAUAAUAUGACACUAGUUCUGCGGACUGAAUAUGAAGAAUUGCAACGGUUAUCCACGCAGCCUGACUUGGAGCAUGUUAAAGGCGUUGCAUCCAAGAUCAACUACUCGGUGGUAUCAAAUGACGAGUACGCCUCUAUUGUCAAGAAGGCAGAAGAUCCUGACUUGGAGCAUGUUAAGGAUGUUGCAUCCAAGUUGAGUUACUCGGUGGUAUCAAAUGACGACCUUGAGGAAUUGAAAAAGAAAGCAGAAGAUCCAACCAUUGAACAGAUUGAGACUGUAGCUCAAAAGAAGAAUUUGGCAGUGGUAGCAAAUGACGAGUACACCUCUAUUGUCAAGAAUGCCAAUGAGCCUGACUUGGAACACAUCAAAUAUGUUUCGACUAAACUCAAUCACCAAGUUAUUGAUCGUUCCGAGUUUAAUGAGAUAGAAAGAAGAGCCAACAAACCUACAAUUGAAGAAAUUGAGUCCAGAGCUUCUUGUAUGGGGAUGGUUGUUGUUGAUUAUAAAACAUACCAAAAUUUGUGUCAUCCUGCAGAAAAGGACCUUCGAUCACAUUGUGAUAACUUGAAUCUCCAUCUUUGUCAUAAAUCUGAAUUCAAAGAACUUUGUGAUAAACUUGAACACCCCGACAUGGACUAUUUAAAGGACAGUGCCGAAAAGCUUGAUCUCUCCUUGAUCGAUAAUAGGGAGCUUUCAACAUUAAAAGAGAAAGCAAAUGAGCCAGACUUGGCACAUUUGGAGGAAAAAGCACGCGUAAUGCAUUAUGUCGUCUUACCUGAAGACAAAUUUAAUUCAAUGGAAAGGCAAUUAACUGACCCAAGUGCUGACGAAGUAAAAGAACUGGCCAAAUCUCUCGGCUUGGUUGUCCUCGAAGAACAAGAACACAGUAAAUUAACAAAUCCAUCAAGAGUUAUGCUUGAAAAGACAGCCUCCAUAUAUGGUUGCUCAGUCGUCACUACUGAAAAAAUGGGGAGAUUGGAGCAGCUAGAAAGCAAUCCUUCAAAAGAAUUUUUGGUUUCCAGGGCAUCAGAGAAAGAGUUAGUCGUCAUGCCAAAGAAGGAAUUCAAUGAAUUGAGUGCGAAAGCUAAUAACCCUUCUAAAGAGCACUUGGCCCAGAAAGCAAAGGAGAUUGGCUUUGUUGCUAUUCCUCUACUGGACCAUGAGACGUCACGUUCACAGUUAGAUAACCCCACUAUUGAUUUUUUGAAAGAAAAGGCUCAAUUAUAUGAUCAAGAAUUGGUCUCAUCAUCGACUUUGACUAGUUUACAAAAUAUUGUGAACGACCCAAGCCUUGAAUACUUAACCGGAAAAGCUAGAGAGCACCAUGCGACUAUUGUGGAUUCAAAAGAGUACAAUAGUUUGAUUGAGUCACAUGCAUCACCUAGUACAGACCAAAUAAGAGACAACGCUCUCAAGAAUGGUUACGAUAUCGUACAACUUGAUGAACUUGCUGAGUUGAAGAAAAUAAGGGACGAUCCUAAUGUUGAUGAUGUGAGACGAAUGGCUGCAGCUUUAGAUCUCGUUGUCUUAUCGGAAUCAGAGCACGUUGAUCUUUCUCAUCGCAUUGAUUCGCCUUCCAUUGACUACCUAAAAGAACAUGCUAAUAAAUUAAAUUAUACGAUGGUUAAAUCACAAGACUACGACGAGUUGGCUGCGUUUGUUGAGUCUCCAUCAAAGGAAUUCAUAACAGAGAAAGCACACUUCGUAGGGCUAGCAGCUGUACCGGAAGAGGAAUACUUGGUAUUGUGUCACAGAGCAAAUGAUCCAGAUUUGGACGAACUAAUGGCACAAGCAAAAUCAAAAAAAAUGACUUUGAUUAAUAUUGAUGAGCUCGAAAGUUUACAUUCUCAACUUAAUACCCCAAAUGCGGACUAUUUGUCUGAGCAUGCUGAGAAGGCGGGUAGUGUGAUCAUACCAAAGGAAGAGUUCGCUGUGAUGAAACAGCUGAUAGAAUCACCAUCAGAAGAGUAUUUGAAGGAGCAAUGUGGAAAACACAAAUUGGCAGUGCUUUCAGAGUCGGAACUCACAAAAUUGAAGUCAUGUGCUGAAUCGCCUUCAGUGGACUUUUUAGUAGAGAAAGCUGAAGCAAGGGACUACAAAGUUAUCAAGAAAGCGGACUUCUUAGACAUAGUCAAGAAAGUUGAAAACCCAGAUAUGGAGCACUUAAAUAAAUGUGCUGCAGAACGUAAUGUGGUGCUUGUUCCUGAUCAAGAGUACAAGUCAUUGCUAGAACCCAGCAGGUCUUUGAUUGAAGAAAGAGCAUUGACUUUAGGGUUGGGGGUGAUUGCUAAACCUGACCUUGACAAGUUGAAGAAAUGUUCAGAUUCACCUGAUAUUGAACACUUAAAUGCCAAGUCAAAGGCACUUGGUCAUGAAUUGAUUAACUGUGAUCAGUUAGUGUCUUUACGUUCCUCGAUCGAAAAUCCUAGUCAAAACUAUCUCAAACAAAAGGCUGAAUCCAUUGGUUGUGUAGUUAUUGAGAAAAGCGAACUAGACCACCUUCAAUCUGUGGCUAAUUCGAAGGCGUUGGAAGCUUCCACAAUAACUGAUCCAAAUAGAGAUGUGAAGGAGGCGCAGAAAGCAGACGCAGCCACUGUGAAGUUUGAAACUGAAGAGCAACCAUUGAGGGAACUUUCAGAUGAGCUUCGUCUUGCAGAUGAUAAUGAAACUGCAUUAACAAAGAUGGAGCAUUAUUUGAAAAAUCAUGGAUAUACGAUUAUCCCUGCCACUGUCUCUCGCUCGGUAUCAAACUCGAGCACUACUGAUCCUAAUGAAUUCGAUGAUGCAGAGAAUACAUUUGAGGGUGCAAGAGAUCACCAAUUGCCUUUGAAUGUGAAAGAUCCAAUAAAAGAUAGUGACCGCCUUACAAAAACUAUUAGUAGAGGUACCCUUGCCCAUGCCGCCAAUUUGUACUCGCUUUCACUUGUACCUGAUUCAGAAUACAUUUCGUUACAAAGCAAUCGUUUAGAUAAAGAAAGGCUCGAAAAUAGAAUCAAGGAGAUAAUCGCCAAAUUAAGUUCUUUGGAGUUGGAUUUGGUUGAGCGGGAACAAGUUGUUAAAUGUCUCGAAAGCGAAAACCCACAGCUUGAAGAAGGUAUAUCGGUGAGACAUAUCAAAUCAAGCGCAAAAGGUCUUGGCUUUUUAUGCAUUAAUGCCACUGAUUAUGUUGGCACCACGACUCAUCCGCAUCCAGAUGUUAAUCAUGUAAAAGUUCUCCCUGCAAGUUACUUUAGUCAACUUUUGAAGUAUAAGUCAACCUCGGUGGAAAAACUUUCGGAUGAUGCUUUUGGUGACUUUGCAAAGAAACGGGGCUACGUUAAAAAGAGUUCAAAGGUUUUGGAUGUGCCUCAGGUCCCAUUCGGUAGUGGAAAUAAUUCAGAGCCUGGUGUUUUAAGUCACUCUUUGGGUCAUACUGGCAGUCGAGAUGGAACUCAUACACCACCCAUGGUACAUCCGCUGAGACAGAUGACUCACUCAGGGUCAAUAAGGUCAAACCUUUCAGAGUUUUCAACAACAUCGCUCAGAUCAAAUGGCAUGUUUUCUAUGGCGACAGAUGUGUCCUUUACAGACAAACUGAUGAUUCCCGCAAUCACACAAGUUGUAAUUGGUGAAUAUCUUUUCAAGUACUAUAGGAGGUUUGGCUCAGCAUUUAGUAUGAUUGCAGAGACAAGACACGAGAGAUACUUCUGGGUUCAUCCGUAUUCCUUAACAUUAUACUGGUCUGAGAGUAGCCCCGUAUUAUCUAACCCAGCAUCGAGAAAGACCCGAGCCGCAGCUAUAGUGGAUGUUGAUAGUGUUGAUGACAAUAAUCCAAUUCCAACUGGAUUGUACCACAAGAGCAUUAUAGUGCACUCCACUGAUAGGGCAAUCAAAAUCACCUGUGCAACAAGACAACGUCAUAAUAUAUGGUAUAACGCCUUACGUUAUUUGAUUCAUCGUAACAUUGAUGCUUUAAGCGUUGAUGAAGACGUGGAUGACGAUGGCGACAUUGAGGCAUCUCCUAUACUGAAUUUGGUCGAAUUCCCCAAAUCAACUUCCCAUAGGAAUUUAGAAGCAUUGAGAGAUACGGGAGAUCGACGCGCAUUUCCAAGGCCAAAGAGGGUCAGUUCUCAAGAAGGAGUACAAACACCCCGAACUCCUGGCGGAGUUUCUAGGCUUCUGUCAUUUAGACGAUCGUGA